AUGUUCACCCUGCAGGCUCAGUUCGGGGCUCUGUGGGCUCUUGGUGCUGCCCUCACCUCGGUGCUGUCCGCGCUGCUGCUGCUGGCGCUCACCCGGCAGCUGUGGAGCCUCCGCUGGAGCCUGACCCGGGACAAGGAGAGCAGCCUGCCGCUGCCCAAGGGCUCCAUGGGCUGGCCGCUGGUCGGAGAGACCUUCCACUGGCUGUUCCAGGGCUCCAACUUCCACAUCUCCCGCAGAGAACGUCACGGCAACGUGUUCAAGACCCACCUGCUGGGGAAGCCCGUCAUCAGGGUCACGGGCGCCGAGAACAUCCGCAAGAUCCUGCUGGGCGAGCACAGCCUGGUGUGCACCCAGUGGCCCCAGAGCACCCGCAUCAUCCUGGGGCCCAACACCCUGGUCAACUCCAUCGGGGACCUGCACAAGAGGAAGAGAAAGAUCCUGGCCAAAGUGUUUAGCCGAGGGGCCCUGGAGUCCUUCCUGCCCCGGCUGCAGGACGUCGUCAAGUCUGAAAUCGCCAAGUGGUGCUCGGCGCCAGGAUCCAUCGACGUUUACAGCGCCGCCAAGUCCUUGACGUUCCGUAUCGCCGUCCGGGUCCUGCUGGGUCUGCAGCUGGAGGAGGAGCGGAUCGUGUACCUGGCUGGCAUCUUCGAGCAGCUGAUGAACAACCUGUUCUCGCUCCCGAUAGAUGCUCCACUCUGCGGCCUCCGCAAGGGAAUUAAAGCCAGAGAAAUCCUGCACGCCAACAUGGAAAAAAUCAUCGAGGAGAAGAUGGCCCGGCAGCAGUCGGAUGACGAGUAUCAUGAUGCCUUCGACUACAUGUUGUCCAGCGCCAAAGAGAUCGGACAGGAGGUCAGCAUCCAGGAGCUGAAGGAAACAGCAGUGGAGUUGAUCUUCGCCGCUCACUCCACCACAGCCAGCGCCUCAACGUCUCUGAUUCUGCAGCUCCUGCGCCACCCUGCGGUUGUGGAGAAGGCCAGAAUCGAGCUGGAGGCUGAGGGCUUGGGCUACGAACCCCCCAGCGGGCUCCGCUCCUCUGGCGCCAAGACGGAGAAAGACACCGACGCCGGCGUCACAGAGACGACCUGCCUGCUGAACGAAGUGUGUCAGAACCCCAGCGACCAGAAUGGUUUCCCACAGUCCCAGUCUCACAUACCGUACCUGAGCCUGGACAAGCUGAGCCAGCUGCGAUAUGUCGACUUUGUCAUCAAAGAGGUGCUGCGCUUCCUGCCACCAGUGUCCGGUGGUUACCGCACGGCCCUGCAGACGUUCGAAUUAGACGGCUACCAGAUCCCUAAAGGCUGGAGUGUAAUGUAUAGCAUCCGUGACACCCACGAGACAGCAGCCGUCUUCCAGAGCCCGGAGCUGUUCGACCCAGAUCGGUUCGGCCCGGACCGGGAGGAGAGCCGGUCGGCUCGGUUCAGCUACGUGCCGUUCGGCGGCGGCGUGCGGAGCUGCGUGGGGAAGGAACUGGCACAGAUCAUCCUCAAGACUCUCACUGUGGAGCUGAUCGGAACCUGCAAAUGGGCUCUGGCCACAGAGAACUUUCCAAAGAUGCAGACGGUGCCAAUCGUGCAUCCAGUGAACGGGCUGCACGUGCACUUCACGUACAACCACACACUUUAG